AGAGCGAGAGAGACAGAGCGAGAGAGAGAGAGUGCGCGCUCCACUACCUGUUGUGGCGCUGGAUGGCCGGUGAUCAGAUUAGAGGUGUCAGGGUUGGUUAAUCUGUGGGGGAGCGACAGUCUGCCACUCAGGCUACUCCUGCUCCUGCUCCUGCUGCUCCUGCUGCUCCUCCUGCUCCUGCUCACCACCUCUCCCAUUCACCGGCUGCAGGAGGGGACUGGAUCACAUUUGGUGUUGACGUGCGUCGGGGAAUUUCCCCCCAGCUUCCAAUCUUUAUUUUUUUUUAAUUUUUUUUUAUUCUUUACAAUGGAUACCUGCAGGGUGCCAGCCUGGGUGUUCCUGGUCCUGGUGUGGCACGGCGGCUGUCUGGCAUCGCAGUUUCCGACACAGCUCAUGAUUAAAGAAUGGGUGGAUCAGAUGCAGAAGGAGCUGGUGACCCUGGCAGACACGGCCACAGGCGGGAUGAGCCUCACACAGAUUUUUCGGAGAAACCAGCACCUGUACUCUGUGGAGCAAAACGACGCAGAGGAGCUGGUGGCCAGAGCAGCCAGGAACAUAGAGCAGCUGCUGCGGAAGAGGUCCGCUGCCUUGAAGAAACUGGCCGCGGCUGCUGAGCAAUUCCAGUUGGAUCACACGUGGAAAGACGAGUUCGAGGACGAUGAAAUCUCCUACUACAACUCCAAGGACAAUCUGGAUGCAAAUGAGACGGAGGGAAAAAAAUACCGGCUUCGACCAGACUUUAAAGAGGACGCGUCAUUUAGGCGUUUGACUGAUCACAACCACACGGCUGUCCACAUCCCCACUGACAUCUAUGAUGGAUCCACCAUUGUGCUGAAUGAGCUGAACUGGACCGAGGCCCUGGAGGACGUGUUUAGAAAGAACAGAGAGGACGACCCGACACUCCUCUGGCAGGUGUUUGGAAGCGCUACAGGCCUCGCUCGCUACUUCCCAGCUUCUCCAUGGAUGGAUGCUCGUAAAACCCCCAGUAAAAUUGACCUGUACGACGUCCGCAGGAGGCCAUGGUACAUCCAAGGAGCCGCUUCCCCCAAAGAUAUGCUAAUCCUCGUCGAUGCCAGCGGUAGUGUGUCUGGUUUGACUCUCAAACUGAUCCGGACCUCGGUCAGCGAGAUGCUGGAGACUCUGUCUGACGACGACUACGUCAAUGUAGUUUAUUUCAACACCAGGGUGAACAAGACGGCGUGUUUCAAAAACCUGGUCCAGGCCAACGUGAGGAACAAGAAGCUGCUGAAGGACGCCGUGCAGAACAUCACAGCCAAGGGGAUAACCAACUACACCAAAGGCUUCGAGUUUGCUUUUGAGCAGCUGUCUGUGAAAAAUGUGAGCAGAGCAAACUGCAACAAGAUCAUCAUGCUGUUUACUGAUGGAGGAGAGGAGAGAGCUUCGGCCAUACUGGAGAAAUACAAUUCUGACAAAAAGGUGAGGAUCUUCACCUUCUCAGUCGGACAACACAACUAUGACAAAGGACCCAUUCAGUGGAUGGCUUGUUCCAACAAAGGUUACUUCUAUGAGAUUCCGUCAAUCGGAGCCAUCAGAAUAAACACGCAGGAGUACCUGGAUGUCCUGGGCCGGCCCAUGGUUCUGGCAGACAAGCAGGCCAAACAGAUCCAAUGGACCAAUGUGUACCUUGAUGCCCUGGAACUGGGUCUGGUCAUCACGGGAACACUCCCUGUCUUCAAUAGAACCAUGACCGUAGAUGAAAGGCACGGCGAGCACCAGAACCAAUUGAUACUGGGUGUGAUGGGGAUCGACGUGUCGCUGGAUGACAUCAAGAAACUCACGCCACGCUUCACUAUUGGUCCAAAUGGAUACUACUUUGCCAUUGACCCCAAUGGAUACGUCCUGCUGCACCCCAACCUCCUGCCAAAGAAUCCCAAAUUCCAGGAACCUGUAACUCUUGACCUUCUGGAUGCCGAGCUUGAAAAUGACGACAAAGUGGAGAUCAGGAAAAUGAUGAUCGACGGGGAGAUAGGCGAACGCACCAUUCAUACUCUGGUUAAAACUCAGGAUGAGAGAUACAUAGAUAGAGGAAACCGGACCUACACAUGGGCUCCAGUCAAUGGAACAGAUUACAGCCUGGCUCUCGCCCUACCUAAAUACAGUGAACACUUCAUUCAAGCUAAACUAGGGGAAGACAUGAAAGAAGCUAUGUCUAUGGAGACGAUGCAGCUGGAUAGGUUUGAUGAAUUCGGUCACACCUACAUCGCUCCGAGGGAGUACUGCAAAGAGCUGAAGUUGUCCCUCAACAACACCCAGUUUCUCCUGGACUUCAACCAGUACAUCGAGAGAACUCCUCCAGAAGCAUGUAACGUGUCCCUGGUGAGUCGGCUGAUCCUGGACGCAGGUCUGACUGCUGAACUGGUUCAACUUUGGAAUGAGCAGAGUGUGGAUGGGAUUGUCGCCAGGUUUGUGGCCACAGAUGGAGGAAUCACGCGGCUCUACCCACGAAGUGCUGCGGAAGAGUGGAGCGAGAAUCAUGAGCCGUACGAGUCCAGUUUCUACAAAAGGACCCUGGACAAUGAAAUUUAUAUUUUCACAGCUCCAGCUUUCAACACGGAAGGAAGAGAACCGGUUUCUGAGCCCUGUAUUCUCGUGAGCAAGUCAGUGGACCUCACCAUCGACAAAGUCACACUCAAACCAGCAGUGGUCGGAGUGAUACUCAAUGUCUCCUUCUGGAUGAACUCUUUCAUGAAUGCUACUCUGAAACUGAAUUGCAAGGAUGAAAUCUGUGGCUGCCUGAAGAAUGACAAGCAUGUCGACUGUGUGAUCCUGGACGAUGGAGGGUUUCUUCUCAUGUCCAAUCAGGAUGAGUACAUCUCUUUGAUUGGUCAGUUCUUUGGCGAGGUGGACCCGGUGCUGAUGAUCAACCUGGUCAACACCUCCCUUUACUCCUUUAACAAGACCUAUGACUACCAGUCGGUCUGCGACCCAGAGAAGGACAGCAAGGCUGCAGCAGGACCCCGCUCCGUCUAUGUGCCUACCAUUGCAGACUUGCUCAGUGUCGGGUGGUGGGCCUCCACUGCUGCCUGGUCGAUACUCCAGCACCUCAUCUAUGGGCUGAUUUUCCCCAACCUUCUGGAAGCAGUGGAGUCAGCAGAUGAAGACAUAUCAGACGCCAUGUUCAAGGAAAGCUGUAUCACAGAGCAGACUCAGUACUUUUUUGACAACGAUGAAAGAUCCUACUCAGGUGUCCUGGACUGUGGCAACUGCUCCAGGAUGUAUCGUGCCGAGAAGCUGCCAAACACCAACCUGGUGUUCCUGAUCACUGAUGCCAAGGCGACGUGUUUGUCGUGUGACCCCAGGCCGCUUCGCCAGGCUGAACAACCCUCCGAAGGUCCAGAUCCAUGCGAGCUGGCUCAGAACCCGAGAUACCGCAAAGGACCGGAUGCGUGUUUUGACAACAAUGAAAAUGAGGAUGAUUCUGAGUGCGGGGGAGGGACCUGCCUAAGCCCGUGUCACUGGCCAAUGCUCGGGCUCCAACUGCUGCUUCUGUGGCUCUUCACGUCUUUACGACACUCAUGACCCCAACACACAUGUACACACACACACACACACACACACACACACACACAUUCAUUUACACACACGUCGAUCAAGAUCACAUUUCACAAGAGGACACUGCAGAAUACUUUCUUUUCGUCCUUUCUUUUUUUUUUCAGACAACCAAUAACAUUUCCAUUUGACAAUGCCAAAGGGUGCUCAUUCAUUUCCUCCUCAUGAGUUUCAAAAACAGAGACACAUCUACUGUGCUCAGCUGCACUCAUGUCCAUGAUAUAUUCCUUAAUACUCUCCUAUGGUGCAAGAGUAAGAGCUAACCAAACCCUUUAAUUCUGCCUCAUUAGUUUCUCUUGAUUUAUUUGGUGGAGGGCGAAGCGUUGUCCCACUAUGCCAACUAAAUACCAUUCAAAGACUGUAUGUUCACUGACAGCAUUGAUUUGUGUAGUUGUCAGUAUUGUUUGUUGCUUAUUAUAUCUACUGCGUAUGAAUCCUUAUGCUGUAAUGAUUGUUUAUUUCGACAAACCCGUGCAAUGACAGUAUGAAGAAUAUUUAUUUUCGUUCGAGUGAUUUUGAAGUGUACUGUACCUAACUAUUUAUGUAUUUCGUUUUGUUUUGUUCUCCAAAUCAACAAGCAUUUUGUGACUAUAGGUAGGUGUUGUAUUGUAGCAGCAUGUGCUCAGUACAGAGCUAAAGACAACACCGGUACUCUGACACCAAAGCUCCACAAGAACCACAGAUAAACACCAACUUACUACAGAGAAUCUGCAGGCCAGUCUAUUUUAAGGGAUUACUCAGAUGUGGGUGUAUGCCAGUAUUCAAGUCUGAAUGUUAGCUGAAUAGAUAGAUAGAUGAAUAGAUAGAUGGAUAGAUAGAUAGAUAGAUAGAUAGAUAGAUAGAUAGAUAGAUAGAUAGAUAGAUAGAUAGAUAGAUAGAUAGAUAGAUAGAUAGAUAGAUAGAUCGCCCACGUGAAUUGACAUCUAUUAGGAAAUCACAAUGUCACGUGUGUUCGUUCUUGGUCUGACAGCUUUGGUUGUCUCCAAUUUGAUGCAUCAGAUUCCCAGUGCCUAAACAGUAACUCAAGAAGUGUUGUUGUUUGAAUGAAGCAAUGCAUCAGAGUUGCAUUCUUAUCAUGAUAUGCUUCUAUGCUGAUGCUUGCUGCAUUAUAGCAGAGUGUAGCUCUUGGAGUUAGACAUUUUGAAAUGGGUCCAAUCUGCUUCAGUUAUUCCAAUGUAUGGCAUCAGUAGAAACAGCCAGUGAUGGUGAUUAUGUAAGAAGAAGGUCAUUUUCCCUCCUCGCUCAAAACAAACCUAAACCAGACCUGAGCUCGCGUUCCAUCACUUCUUCUUUAUUAGUCCUGUUUCUGUUCCCUUUCCGGAUCACCAGACUCAGGAGCCAAGAUGACUUGUGAAUGAGAUCAGCAUAUCAAAACGACUGUUUCUUUCUUCUCCUCUCCUCUACUCCCCUCCGUAUGCUUGUUUCUUAUUUGUGUUUCUCUAUAAGUGCUGUGAAGCAGAUGCUGAAGUGCUCAGUGUCGAAACGCUGCAAUGUCAUGGGAUGAGCUUGUUCUGUGUUUGAACGCCGUCCAUGCCUCCGUCAGCAUCAGGGCGUGCUGGAGAGAACUUUGAACACAACACUCCUGCCAGUAGUAAUUCUGCAUAUAGCCUUACCUCACCACGAGUCACAAAUAUCACACACAAGUGUUCUAGUUUUUCUGUUUCUUUUUUGGAAUCUUACACAUUAAAGUUGAGUUCUCUCCACCGCGCCUUCACGGUGACCUGCUGGCAUGGACUGGUCAGGUUAUGCCUGUCUAUCAAAGUCGCGUGUUGACUUGUGUUUGACCCCGGGGAUCCCGUGUCUAUGUGCAGGCAUGUGCGUGGCCCUCCGAUAUCUGAUUGUGCUUUAAUACUGUACAUGAAUUACUCUUUUGUGGAACUUGACUAGCCUGAAUAAAUUUUGUAUACAUUUGUACACCAAUACUAUUUACUGUAUAAAAGAUAAAAUGGAAAGAAAAGAAAAAUGUUUAUA